CAAAGGAUAGCGGUUGAUCUCUUUAGAACACAGGACAGUAAUAUAAACAAAUAUACAUACAACUCUAUGUAAGUUGUAAGUAUCAAUACAAAUAACAUACAACCAUAUUAGAAAACGAGUGGCUAUUUUCAACCUAUUAAAUAAAUCCAAAAAAUUUUUCUUGUCUGGACUAUUUUCGUUCGAAGAUAAAAAUAAAAUAGAAGGGAGAUAACAGGUGGAGUUGUGUGUUAUAAUUCAUGAAGAGAGGGACAUAUAAUUGGUAUGAUCGAUUCAUUCUAAUAGUUGACCAGUAUUUUGCGCGUAUCGAUCCAAUAUUAACUAGAUAUUAUAAGUUCGUCUACAUGAUGAUUGACGAUGGUCAGAGAAAUUCAUGAUCUUUCUAUAUUCUGAAUAAAAAAUAAAUAAAUAAACUUCGAUUUACUCCCCUUCUACUCGUGAUAAACUAACUACUAGCCUUCUAUCAAUUUUCAUAUAUAGAUCAAGUUGUAUGUAUGUUUUACGGGCUUUUAAAAGUUCGACUAGGAUAGAAGCGAAAAUCUUUAUGGUCGUUAAUGCUAAUUCAUUGAGUGGGUGUUCCAACUGGAAUAUCUAGAAACAAGCAAAUUCAUCAAAACAAAUAUAUAUACUUAUUUGAAGAACAAGAAAGAAAAGAACUAUUCAUUUAUAAACUGUACAUAACUAUAGAUAACAAACAAUCUUCAACGAACUGAACAAAUUCAUAAUCUCCGAAGAAGAUCUCAUUACUUAUUCGUUAAGCUACAUUGUUCAUAUAGAAGUCAUACUAAAGAAUAAUUCAUAAAAAUUACAGUUUCAAUGAAGAGUCAAAAGUCUAAUCCAAUAAACGAAUAUUCUUCUUUUACAAAUUUAUUAUUUCAACAACAUCAUCUAUCAGCUUUUUCCAUUCCAUCACCAAUAAAUAAAACACAAAAUAUUAUUAAACCUUCUAGUACUCAUAAAGAUCUUUCAACCAUCAGUAAAUAUUCAAAUCUAUCACAACAAUCUUAUAAUACAUCAAUAAAACAAUCUUCUAGUAGUAAUCCAGUACAAGUAAAUGUACAACCAUUUGUCAAAGACAAUGAAGCAUCUAUUAACCGAUCAUUUUAUACUCAAUUAUAUAAUUUAAUGUAUUCAAAAUUAUCAAAUAAAAUACUGUAUAGUACCAAUGACAAUACUAAUAAUAAUCAUAGUCUGUUGAAUAAACCACGAUAUUCCCCUUAUUCAAUUCCAUCAGAUAUUGAAAGAAACAAAUUAGUUAAUGUAUUCAAUAAACCAUACACUUCAAUACAUUCAAAUAAAAUCAAUAUUAAUCCGAUUGACCAUGUGACCAACGUUGUUCAAUAUUCCAAUAAUCUCGGUCAAUCUAAAAUACAAAGUUCAAAAGUUUAUGAACAUAAUAAUAAAAAGAAAACUUUAUCAUUAAAUAGAAAUAAAUCAACCAUUUAUAAUGAUAAUAAUCAGUGUCAAAGCUCAUCAACAAAUGUAUAUUCAUUAAACCGAUGUAAUAGUUGUCCAUCAAUAAUCAUUUCUAACUCCUCCUCCUCCUCAAUAUCAUCAUCAUCAUCAUUAUCAUGGUACUCAAAUAAUCCUUCUAAAACUUUAAAGUUCCGUAGUACAAGUUAUGAUUCAUUAUUAUUGGAUAAACAAAAUAACUUUAAAAGAUUAAAUAAGCCUAAUUCAUUGUAUCAUCAAUGUUAUCAUCAUUAUCCAUUGAAAAUGUCUUCAUCUUGUCCGACAUCUACUUCAUUACUAUUUGAUUCAUUAAAACAACAUUUUAUUCAGAAUCAAUCUAUUGAAUAUAAUCAAUAUAAUGUAAAUAAUGACAAUCAUUCAAUAAAUGAUAGAAUUUGUACUGAAACACCAGUAUCACUUCCUAGGAAAUGCACUAAUCAGAUGAAUGAAGUGAACAAUAUUCCUGAGGAUAAUAAUAAUAAUAAAUCAAUACAGACUCCAAUACGUGAAACAUUUCUACAUUAUUAUUGGGCAUAUUAUUAUGAAGAAUUAAUGCGUUAUUAUAUUCAACAUCAAAUAUCAACAAUGAACAAUUGUCCUAUUAAUUAUAGGGAUCCAAUGAAUACUACAACAACAACAACUACUACUACUACAAUGACUACAACUGAUAAUUCACAAUCAUGUGUAUAUUCUCAACCGAAAUCAAACCUCUUGAAUGUCAAUACUAAUAAUAAUGGCCAUUUUAAUAACCUUACUACUGAUUCAUUGAAAUCACCUGUUACACAAUAUAAUACAAUGAAUUACAUUGAUCAUUCUAAAAACUAUGGAAAAAAGUCUAAUAGAAAACCAUUUCAAACAGAGAAUGAUCCGAAUACUUUAGAAAAUUAUGAUAGAUUAAAAAAUGGUAAUCCUAUUAAGAAUACUACUAAUACUACUAUUACUACUAGUAGUAGUAUUAGUAGUAGUAAUUAUUAUAAUAUUCAACAAAUUAGUGAAAAACUGAAUACUUUUCAUGUACCAGAAAAGGUACAGUUUGGGAAUUUAAUUAAUCUUCAAAAUGAUCUAGUCUGUAAUAAGAACUAUACGACGACUUCUCUCUUGACACCUAAUACUUUGCUUCAACAGAAAAAUAAGUUUUAUAAUUAUAAACCUUUUAACAAUAACACUGAAAUGAGAAAUAUUGUAAAAACUACAAAUUAUCAAGAUUUAUUUGUGAGAACACCUCCUUUUCCGGUUACUGGUAGUUUAAGUACUACUGAAAUUAAUCAUAUUAGUAAUGAGCAACACAUAGUACCAUCGGAUAAACAAUAUUUCAUAAAUCAGUCGGAUAAUAAUAUUAGUAAUAUACAUAAUCCUCCGGGAAUGAAUAAACGCACUCGAUUACACCGAGACUUACAUUCAUUGCGUCUGUCACCUGUUGUCAGAGUGUGUAAUAAUAAUAUUGAUGGUAAAACAAAUAGUGAUAGAAUUUUAGAACCACGUCAAUAUUCACCUUCAAAAAGACUACCAUCUUUAUCGUCACCAUCGGCAGCGUCAUCAUCGUCAUCACCAAACAUCCCUGUGCCGUUCUCGAAUAUGAUGCCCUCUUUAACAGCAUCGGUAUUAUCGCCGCAGACAAAAUUCUGUCGGUCAGUAUCUAUACCGCUGGAUAAUCCCAGCGGUUCAGUGACAUUAAAACGUGAUAAUAAACGUAAUGAUACAUGUGAAUAUUGCGGUAAAAUAUUUAAAAAUUGUAGUAAUUUGACUGUACACAGACGUAGUCAUACAGGUGAAAAACCAUAUCAAUGUAAAUUAUGCAAUUAUGCUUGUGCACAAUCAUCCAAAUUGACAAGACAUAUGAAAACGCAUGGAAAAGAUGGUAAACCAAGAUAUUUGUGUAAAUAUUGUCAUACACCAUUUAUAGUACCUUCAACAUUGGAAAAACAUAUGCGUAAAUGUAUGCAUGCAAAACAUAUAUUUGGAUCACAUACUGCUACACGUCAUAAACAAAUGUUAAAACAAAAUUCUCCUGGAAAAUUUAUACAAUCUUGGCUAGUAGCAGCAGCAGCAGCGGCGACAGCUACAUCUGGAUCUUCAUCUGGACUGUCAACAGAAAUUGUAGAAAAUGAAAGACAUCAAAGUGAUUCUAUAAACUAUAAAUUAAACAAUCAUAGAAAAUUUAAAUCACGUAUUUCUCCAAUUCAUACAAUGGUAAUGACCAAAACAACAACAACAACAACAGAUCCUUUAAUAACAACAAAUAAAGAUAUGACAGUUACAUCUACAACAAGAAAUACUGAUCGUAUUCGAAAAAGAUUAAAGUAUACCAGUUUACAUCAGUUGAAUAAAUUAUCCAAUAAAACAAUCAAUUCUUCAAUUCAUUAUUUACUUCCAUUGUUACAAAAUAAUAAUAAUAAUAAAUAUUAUUCAACUAGUAAAAAUGUUCCAUUUAAUAUUGAUUCACAGUUGAAACAUUUUUCUAACGAUCUUAAUAAUGAUCAUAAUAUUAUGAUGUGUGAGAAAAGUCAGCUGAAACCUCCAUUCACUUCUGGAUCCUAUAAAUACUUAACUACAGUUACUGAGAGUAGUAAUAUAAGUGACAAAGAUAACCUAUUCCCAACAUCAGUUUUAUCUUACACUGAUCAUAUAGCAUCCGUUAAACAAUCAACAAUGAAUACUAACAAUUUAUUUGUCCCACCACCUUGUCUACCGGUUUCAUUUUUAGAUACGGUGAAAGUGAAUACUUCUUUAUCAAAUAAUUAUCAUCUUACUGAAAAUAUGAAAUCGAUCAACCAUAUUACUGCUACUUCUACCAGUAGUAGUAAUAGCAGCAAUAAUAAUAACAAUAAAAAUGAAAGAAAUUUAUCAUUUUUAAUGUCUAAAAUUCUAGAUACUUCACGAAAUACAGAAAUAUUAUCCAUUAAUUCAAAUUCAUCAGUUCCAUCUUCAACAUUAUACAUCUGAAAUGUAUUCAGAAGAAGAAGAAGAAGAAGAAGAAGAA